GUACGUAUUUGGGAACCGUCCCAACUUGAUGCAGGGAAAGAUAGCAAAAUUAAUAUUUGUACUUAAAUUUCGUUUCUUUUGGAAAUUUCACAAAAAAUUGAAACAAAUAAUUUUAUUUAAAGAAAAACCUAUUUAUAGGCAAAGCAAACGGAAGCAAGAGCAAAAAACUUGAUUGAAGCCGUGAUUGAAAUUACUGUUUUGCGCUUGGUUUGCGCAGCAGCUGCGUGCGCAUAUGCAAGGCAUCAUAACAGAGUGGAUUUGCUUGGUACCUGUGUAUUGCUGGCGAAUGAGUGGGAUUAUAUGCCGUGGGAGCUGUGCAUUAUCCAAUUUAUUUUACACUUUUAGCAUCCUGGAUACUAAAGGAAUAUGAAGAGACGAAAUGCUGAUAUUGCUAAAUUGAGAAGACCCUUGAAGAAGACAAAAAUUGGGGACGGAAUGUACGGAAGCACGUUCACGUACUUAAAGAUGGUCCUGCUGUGGACGGCAGUACUCAUGUGCGACUUCAUGUUCGAGCUCCGAUUUGAGUACUUCUGGCCAUUCUGGAUGUUCGCCAGAUCAGUUUACGACUCGUUUCGAUACCAGGGUCUGGCGUUCUCGCUGUUCUUCGUUCUGAUGACGCUCACGUCCGACAUGAUCUGCUACAUAUUCAUACCAGUGCACUGGCUUUUCUUCGCCGCCAGCACAUACGUAUGGGUGCAAUACGUAUGGCAUGCAGAGCGCGGCAUCUGCAUUCCCACAAUAUCGUUGUGGAUCCUAUUUAUUUACAUAGAGGCCUCACUGAGGUUAAAAGAUGAGAAAUAUCUCUUCUUCCACGCCGACCUCAGUCGGCCCUUCGCCGCACACUGUAUCGGGUAUCCGGUGAUAUCCUUGGGGUUCAGUUUUAAAAGCUACGUGGGCCACCGGUUCCGGCUGCGCCGACAGAAGUUGGUGGCGCGCCAGAACGAUACGAUGGUACAACUGCUGCAGGAGGCCCUGCCGCCCGACAUGGCGCUAGACGAGAGCCCCGAGCGGCGAGCGGUGACGCUGGAUAAGAGCGAUGAGACGAUUUCAAACGGCGGGGUUCACGACACGUCGCCCAAGUCAAUUAAAAAGUCUGCUGAGGACCUGCGGACACCCAAGUGCAAGUUGCACAAUGGGUCUAUCAGUUCCGACCUCGACUUCAUGGAGCAGCGAAGGAGCUCUAUAAACGAGUUCGACGAGUCAGAAGACAAGGAGAAAAACUACAAGAACUGCUCGCAGACGCAGCGGUCGUCCAAGUGGGCUAGCAGCUGCUCGGCCAAGGAGAAGCGGUUGCGCGUCAAGGACACCCCGGUCGCCGCGGUGGUGCCCAACGUGGCCAGCAAGGACGACACUAUCUCAAAGUUGGAGCAGGACGUGAAGCGGCUCCGGGUCGACCUGAACUCCAGUCGACAGACGGAGCAGGAGCUGCGCUCGCAGGUCUCGAAUCUCGUCAUCCAGGAGCGAAAUGCCCGGAAUCAGCUUCACCUGCUGCAGCUGGACAACGACAGUCUGCAAUCCAAGUUGCAUACUCUGGUGACCGGCCGCCAGCAGGACAAGCAGGCGGUGGUCACGCUGGAAAAGAAGGUGGCCGAGGAGCGCAAACUCCGACAGACUGCCGAAAGCCAGCUGCAGCAGGAAAAGAAAAAGGUGGUGGCUGCGACGGAGCAGGCGUCCAAGUGCACGGAGCAGUGCAAGUCGCGGCGCCGUGAGCUGGAGGCGGAGACGCGCCAGCUGCGCCGCGAAAACAAACAGUUCGAGGACAAAGUGCGCGCCGCCGAGCGAGAGCUGCAGAGCCUCCACAGCGCGAAGGACACUCAGAACGACGCCAACGUCCUAAUGUCAGCGCUGUCGGCCAUGCAAGAGAAGAACAAGUACCUGGAGAAGAACCUGUCAUCGGAAACCCGUCACAAGAUGAACCUGGUCGGCGCACUGGGAGACGCCAAACGCGAGCUAGAGAUCAGCAAAUCACAACUGGCCAGCAAGGAGCGGGAGAUCAGUGAGCUGAACGCCAAGCUGGCCGACGUGCUGUCCGUGAUGCCGUCUCUCUCGUCCCCGAGCAACGUGUCCAUCUCCGGCGACCACAACGGCUUCGGCACCGGCAUGGAGCGCUACUCGGCCGCCAACGCCGACCUCUACGACCUGAAGAUGACGCCCGAGACGCCGGCCAAGAGUCAGCUGGACCCCAACGCGGCCGCCUACACGCCCAAGAUGGCGUAAGCGGGCACUGCGACAGACCGACCACCCGGCAAGCUUCGUUCUGUGUGACACAAAGAAAAUCGGCGAUGAUAAGAAUUCAGAAGUUGCUCGGCUUGAUUGCGGCUUUGUUUUGCAAAGGUUUACUGGGUCAAAACGGGCUGGGUGCCUCGGCCUCGGCCGAACAUGAGUAUUAACGCUCCAUUGGUGCCCUGGGUGGCUCACACAAACGCGGUCACUUUUUGGCAGGUGUCCUUUGCGAUCUUUAACACGCUUAACGCUCGCCCGAUGCCUCGAGGUGCCACGACAUUCACCAGUAUUUGGGUUAUAUUCUGGCUAGCGGCUGUUAACGCCAGCGAGUUUACCGUUAUAUCCGGAAAGAUAUUGGACAGUACUGGUCAAUAUCCUUUUGCGUGUCUGACACUGGUUCUAUUUUAUGUCAAUGUGAUAGAGGCUUUCGAGACUUUUCAUGCUUGUUUCGUUUUGAAGCGUUUCCGGUUCGAGAUGCCUGGAGAGAAAGCGCUUGUGUUUUUGGUUUCUGCGCGGUAUGUUACGCACCGAACCGCCAGCUACUGUGAGCACAUCAACAGUUCUCCAUGUCUUUCAGUUAAUUUAUUUUCGCACCGAGCUCGUCUUCAAAGGCGAGUAGACGGUUGACGGACUAAGUCUAUUAUUGUCUGUUCAACCUCGAGGUCAGUGCACGCGACACACUCAAAUGACCACCACGUUGCCACAGACGCCUCGUGCCCAAAAAGCAUAGCUGGCCGCAAAAAGCACCUACUUAACCAUUGGCUCGACCGAAUCUUGGUUGGUUGGCGAGGGGCAGUGUGCCGCAGAAGACGGAUGGCCGCUAGCGACUUGUGUUUUCGAUUCAACUAACAGGGCAUGUGCAGUACAUGCGCCAUUGAAGGGCCGCUCUAAUCGCAUCGCCCUAGAUUAAUGUCUUUGUUCUGUGUAGUCGGCUCGAUGUCCUUUGUGUGAGAUUUGACCAGUCUGGACGGCGUGGUUUGGACGAGUUGCUGCAACGAUCUCCGCAGGUCCACGGGGGACGAAGGAGUUGGUCUCUGGUCAGUUGAACGCUCUCUUGAUGUUAAUUGUAGCAUCAAAUAAAUUCAGGAUGGAGCGACUCGCUCCUUGUUG